AUGUCAUUAUCCAGUGCCGCUAACAGUACCGCUAAUGCUGCAGCUAACACUGCCAAUGCCGGAGCUGCAGCUAACACUGCCGGUGCCGGAGCUGCAGCUAGCACUGCUGUUGCCGGAGCUGCAGCUAACACUGCCAAUGCCGGAGCUGCAGCUAGCACUGCUGGUGCCGGAGCUGCAGCUAACACUGCCAAUGCCGGAGCUGCAGCUAACACUGCCAAUGCCGGAGCUGCAGCUAACACUGCCGGUGCCGGAGCUGCAGCUAACACUGCCGGUGCCGGAGCUGUAGCUAACACUGCUGGUGCCGGUGCUGCAGCUAACACUGCCGGUGCCGGAGCUGCAGCUAACACUGCUGGUGCCGGGGCUGCAGCUAACACUGCCAAUGCCGGAGCUCCAGCUAACACUGCCGGAGCCGGAGAUGCAGAUUACUCUGCCUAUGCCGGAGCUGCAGCUAACACUGCCAAUGCCGGAGCUGCAGCUAACACUGCCAAUGCCGGAGCUCCAGCUAACACUGCCAAUUCCGGAGCUGCAGCUAGCACUGCUGGUGCCGGAGCUGCAGCUAACACUGCCAAUGCCGGAGCUGCAGCUAGCACUGCCGGUGCCGGAGCUGCAGCUAACACUGCUGGUGCCGGAGCUGCAGCUAACACUGCCAAUGCCGGAGCUCCAGCUAACACUGCCGGUGCCGGAGAUGCAGAUUACACUGCCUAUGCCGGAGCUGCAGCUAACACUGCCAAUGCCGGAGCUCCAGCUAACACUGCCAAUUCCGGAGCUGCAGCUAGCAUUGCUGGUGCCGGAGCUGCAGCUAACACUGCCAAUGCCGGAGCUCCAGCUAACACUGCCGGUGCCGGAGCUGCAGGUAGCACUGACGUACCAAUGAAAGCCCAAACAAUCUGA